AUGGAAUCUGGAAGUAACUUGCCCAAUCCGGGCACUUAUCCCGGAGGAGAUCGUCAGCAGUUCUGUGUCUCUUGGAAUUCCCAUCAGUCGAACAUGCACAGUGCAUUUCCAAAGUUACUCAGCUCGGAGCAGUUUGUCGAUGUAACUCUGGCUUGUGACGGAGGUUCGAUAAAGUGUCACAAGGUUGUAUUGUCCGCCUGCAGCGAUUACUUGGAGCGUCUUCUGUUGGAGAUCCCAUGUACCCAUCCUGUCAUCUUUUUGAGAGACAUGAAAAUGUGGGAACUUCAAGCCCUGGUUGAAUUUAUGUAUCGUGGGGAGGUGUACGUGGAGCAACAACAACUCGCUACUUUAAUGCAAGCAGCGGAAGUUUUGCAGGUUCGUGGCUUAUCCACUCAGGGAUGCGAUAACACAGUGAAUGAGAGCAAUACACAAUCAUGUGAUUCUAAUGCACCUGUCACUCCGUUGACUCCUACUCCCGGUGACAGCAACUUCAAGGUGGAGACUUCAUCUAACGAUGAAAGUACCUCUGAUUUUAUCUCAUGUACGGCAAUGGCUAGCACAGGAAACAACUCGUCCUCUAUCACACCUCCUGUUUCACAAAAUCCUAACUCCUCCAACUUCGUAAACAUGGAACAUAGCGAAGCGCUACAACAUUUAGAAAAAGCUCUUAGCGCUUGCGAAGCGACUCUUACCGAAACUACAGGAAUGGUAAAAAUGGAGCCGGAUGAGCAGUUUGUACAACAGCAGGAUGUCAAACCGUAUUCCAUUAGUAUGGUAUCCAGUAAUAAUUGCAAUCCUAGCAGCCCAUUCCCUGCGAUUGAAGGUUAUCAAAGACGACAAAGGCGUUCGGAAGAGGAACUCAAGCAAGCUUCAGACAUGGUGGCACGCGGCAUGACGUUUCAAGUAGCUUCGGAAAAGUACAAGAUACCGAUCAGCACAAUUCGUUUUUACAUGGUCAGAAAGGGCAUUCUGCAGAGGCGAAAACGCGGUCGCGGCUCCAGCAAUCUUGGUAUGAAUAGCCAACCGAGUAGUCCGGCCAGUCCACCGUAUCAUAUGAUGAAUUACCGUUUGCCAGAGAGCCUAAAUUCCAGCCUACCGUAGUGCUGUACAAAGAAGUAGAAGACUGCCUGAAAAACCCAGUUUUUUUUAAGUACAAAGAUGCAUAUUAUUGUACCAUGGAUACUGAAGUACACUGGAGUAUAAUCGUAUACUUAGUAUGUAUUAUAUUAUAAUAACUCUACGUAAAGCUAGCGGCAGAACAUCGCAAUACAUAAUUCGUGGUUCACCAUUCGUAUGACAUUUGCAACUAGUAUGUACGGAAACAAAUGUUUGCUAGUAGAGCGAUUUUUCAACGAAAUCGAAAAUAU